GGUGAGUAUAUAAACUGGCUGCGCGGGAGUCGGUCAUCAGUUGUAGCUGUGAAAUUUUGUAGCCAACAUGAAAUUCUUGAUUGUCCUAGCCGUAGCCAUGGUGGCGGUCUCCGCCGAGGAAGCCGCGAAGAAGACGGAGAAGCGAGGCCUCUCCGGCCUCGGGUAUGGCGGCCUCGGAUACAGCGGCGUCGGGUAUGACGGCGGCCUCGGAUACGGUGGGCUCGGAUACGGAGGACUCGGAUAUGGCGGAUACGCAGCUGCACCAGUAGCAGUGAGCAAGGUGGCGUACACCACUGCUCACGGCGCCGGGUACGGCGGUUACGGCGGAUACGGCGGAUAUGGCGGAUACAGCGGCCUCGGCGGAUACGGAGGCCUUAGCGGUUAUGGCGGUCUUGGUUACGGCCAUGGUGGUUACUACAGCGCUCCCGCAGUGUCCUACGCCAACCAGGUAGCCUAUGGCGGUUACGGCGGAUACGGAGGCCACGGACUUGGAUACGGCGGUCACGGCCUCGGAUACGGAGGCGGUCUCGGAUAUUACGGACAUCACUAAACUGACCUCAUCACUUACAAAAUUGUGUUCAAAUUCUGUAAUUUUUUUCUUCAACUUUUUUUUAAAUACUCGGAGCAAUGGACUUUGGGUUUUUUUAUUAUUAUUGUAACUUUUUUAAACUGUGAUUUAUUUGGGAUGUGAUAUUUUAUUAUGUCUUGAUAUUUAUGAUUGUUGGAGGAAAUAAAACCCUGAGUCUGUUGUUUGAAUAUAAUAAAAAUAACGAUGCAGUGAGCUAAUGCUUGCUAAUUUUUGUACAACGAAAUAUUGCCUGAGAGUCUUUGUAAAUAUCUUAAUAAAAUACUUAUAAAAUCAA